AUAUAUAUUCUCUGUCACACAAAUACACAGGUUCAGUCCAUGAAUGUAGUCAACAGCCUCUCAAAUAGCUUCAUACAUAUAUUUCCUGCCUGUAUCAUCACUUUGUAUUAUUAAAAUAUAGCAACAGCAGCCAGAGCAAUUUGCUGCUUCCAUGACAAUAGCACCAUAUUCAUGUCAAUAUAAAUUUAAAAAAUAAAUUAAAAAAGAGAGAGUGCAGGAUGGCGCCUCACGACGUUGUUUUUCCAUAACAAAAUCACGUGUCACAGAUUUUCCGUUGCAGCGAGUUGGUGUACUCCUGUAUGUCGUAGGCUAUAAAAACUAAAAAAUCGACUUUUAAAUAAAAGUCUUCAAGCCUUUGUUAUUUCAGGUUUUCCAUUUGGACUCUGGGGUCAACAGAAUUGAUUUCAGUCACUUGGGUGGAAACAGUUUAUCUUUUUUGUGUAUCUUGUUUUAAUGAUGUUGGAUUAUUUUAGAUUAUUUUAUUUUCCUGAAAAUUCGUUCCUUCCUUUUUGACAAUCUUUUCCGAAACACAAGGUGGCGCAACACAAGCACAAGAUGCAGCCCAAACUACUGUAUAGCAAUAAGACGAAGAAGAUGAGUGGCGUCAUCAACAAGUGACCAAUUGUAUGGCGCGCGGAUUUGAAGACAAAUGUCGGACAGGCUAGCACAAAUGUUUGAUAUUCAAACUGUCUUGCAGCGCUGCGACCCCGCCCUCCUGGCGCCAUGUGACGAGGGGGGCGAGCUGGACUCUGCAGCAGAGAAACUCCUCUUCCUCCAGGACAGGCGGCGUGUGCAGAAGGUUCUGUGGCGUCAGCUGUUUGUUCUGGACUCCACAAUGCAUAAGAUGGAGGGACUUGAAUCUGCCCAGCAACUGCUGACACAGCCCUGUCCCCCUCAACCAGAGGGUGGAGCUCGAGGCCGUUGGAAAGUGUUAAAGGCGGAGUACAGGUUGAGGGCGGAGCAGAUGGAGGAGAUGCUUGCCACGCUGCAACACAACAUACAAACCAUCAACAACAAACGACACAAAGUCACACAACUGCUUCAACAGCUGCAAGCCAAGAAGAAACAGAGUGACAACAUGGAGGCCUGCAUGCAGAAGGCCCACAAAGUGUUGCAGGCAUGUGAUGGUCAGCUGACUCAGCUGAGGGCGGAGCUGGAUGCGGAGCUUGGGCAUGUGGACGACUGGCUGCAUUCCAAAGAGGCUUUGCAGACAUACAUGGCUGCCGUGAACGUGGUCGCACACGUCCGCCUGCUCUCCUACAACCAAUCGGAGGUGUCUCUGGAACUGUGGCCACACCCCCCCGCCAACACGAACCUGGCAACCAAUGAGCCAGAGCGGGUCAAGCUGUCAAUUAUCUGGAACCCCAACAACCACUUCACACUUCAGGUUGAUCCGACGAGCUCGGCAAGGCAGCUGCAAGAAGCCGUAUCGGGCCACCCCACCGAGCUCAGCGCUGCCCUGUUGGAGGUGGUGCAGAACUACAUGGGUCAGGCCGACCUCCUGGCUGAGAUCCAGAGUCUGAGAUACAGCUUUGCCAUUGACUGGCAUCCUGCUCAGCGUGUGCUGGUGUACCUCAAGUCGGCAUCGAUCUUGUGCCACCUGGAGGUGCAGGAAGGGUACCCCGACAGCGGAGCCAUACGUCUGCGAGACGUACAAAGAGAUGGACAACCCAUGAACACCGCAGCACUGCAGCCUCAAAACCCUGACUGGAGCCUCAGUGAGUGGCUCAUUUUUCUCUGCAGCAAUCCUCUCAUUUGAUGGUUAGAUUAUCAUCAUCAUGUCCUUAUUUGUGAUACUCAAAAUAAAGAAAACAGCU